UUGUUUGCGUACAUCUGGCCUUUGGGUUUUGAUGAGCAUGCUGUGAACUUGUGAGGAGAGAGAGAGAGAGAGAUAGAUGGAGAUGGAAAGGGGAAAGUACUGCUACAGGGAUGUGGUGCCGUUUUCGGCCAUGGUAGCCAUGGAAUGCACAAACGUUGGUCUCAACACCCUGUUCAAAGCAGCCACCAACCAAGGCAUGAGCUACCACGUCUUCGUCGUCUACGCCUACGGCAUCGCCGCCCUCCUCCUCCUCCCGUCCCCCUUCUUCUCCCUCCGAUCAAGAGUGUUGCCUCCACUCAACUUCUCAAUCUCUUAUAAAAUCUUCCUUCUUGGGGUAAUUGGGUGUACAUCUCAGAUAAUGGGAUUUACAGGGAUCAAUUACAGCUCUCCUACACUUGCUUCAGCUAUCAGCAACCUUGUCCCUGCUUUCACUUUCAUACUUGCUCUGCUUUUCAGGAUGGAAAAGCUUGCACUCAAAAGCUCAAGCAGUCAAGCCAAAAUCAUAGGCACCAUAGUGUCAAUUUCGGGUGCAUUUGUGGUAACUCUGUAUAAAGGCCCGCCUAUCGAAUUGACUCCGUCGCCUUCCAUUUCGCUCCAUCGUUCUCUCGGCUCGCCGCAGUCCAAUUGGGUCAUCGGCGGCCUUUUCCUCACGUCCGAGUAUAUUCUUGUUCCAAUGUGGUACAUUGUUCAGGCGCAAAUCAUGAAGGAGUAUCCGGCUGAGCUGACCGUAGUCUUCUUCUACAACUUGUGCGUUAGCGUCUUGGCAGCGAUUGUGGGUGUAUUCACAGAACCGGAUAUAAGUGCAUGGAGAAUCAAAGCUGAUAUAGCAUUGGCCUCUAUCUUAUGUUCUGGGAUUUUCGGGUCAUUCUUGAACAACGCGGUCCACACAUGGGUGUUGCGAGUCAGGGGUCCCGUUUACGUUGCGAUGUUCAAGCCCUUGUCGAUUGCCAUUGCAGUUGCCAUGGGCGUGAUGUUCCUCGGUGAUACUCUGUAUCUUGGAAGUAUCGUUGGAGCGACAAUAAUAUCGGUCGGGUUUUAUACUGUGAUGUGGGGAAAAGCAAAGGAAGACAUGGAUGAGAGUGCUGAAACCGGCGACCCGGAAUUAGCGUCUAACCCUAAAGUGCCGCUAUUACAAAGCCAUAAAACUCAAGAAAUGCAGAGCUGAUAAGUCGAAGUCGAACAGGAUCACAUCUCAAGAUCAGAUGGAUCGCUUAAGUCAGAGCACAGCACUGGUUGAAGAGAGGAAAAGCUUUAGAUCGGGACGCUAUGGCAUCAUGGGUUCGCAGCCUAGCAAAUUAGGCAUUACCCAUCCAACUCGAUGUUUGUAUAUGUAUGCCACAUUAUAUAUGUUUCAAAAUUUCAUUUUGACACUCCCCUUUUACCAUCCGAUUGAAUAUCCACAUUUUUUUAUGUGAA